AUGGCAUUAGGGACACAAAUACAACCUUCAAAGUAUGUACAAGAUUUUACAGAAAAGCGAGAGCAACUUUUAGAAAAAGAAGCACGUUUAUCUUUAGGAGGAUCCUUAAAAUUAACACCUCAAGAAGAAACUGCAAACAGAUUUUUGAUGAAACAUAAAUCUGACGAACUUGAUAAAGGGUUUAAAGAUAUCAGCGAUUUUCUACCAGCUGCAAGUUUUUUGAAAAUAUCCAAAGACAUGGAAAAACGUCCUGUGUUCAAAUUGUUGCAAAAGUUGCCUAAAGGUGCAGUUUUACAUGGACACGAUACAGCUCUUGUGAGUGCCAAAUAUAUUGUAGAAAAUAUUACCUACAGAGAUAAUUUGUACUUAAAGUUUGAUAAAAAUGAAGUAUCGGAGAUGAGAUUUUUUAAGCAAAAACCCGAAGACAACAAGUGGAAAAGUGCUAAAGAUAUUAGACGCCAAAAAGGUAAAAAUUAUAACAAUUGGAUGACAAAAGAAGUUACCUUGCACGAUCAGUAUGUAGGUUUGAGUGUCAACGAUGUUUGGACAAAGUUUAUAGGCUUGUUUAUCAAAAUUACACCAAUGUUGACGUAUUUACCAGUCUGGAAAGAUCAUUUUUACCAAACCCUAAAAGAAUUUUAUGAUGACAAUGUUAGUUAUUUGGAAUUUCGAGGAACUUUACCAGAAUUGUAUGAACUUAAUGGAACGACUUUGAACGAAAUUGAUGCUUGUGGUGUGUACGUCGAAGUUUUGGCAAAAUUUAAAAAAGAAUACGUGAAACAUGACCGAUUUUUUGAUGCCAAAUUCAUCUACGCUCCUUUGAGAUUCGUGAAUGAAUCUGAGUUCCAAAAUUAUAUGAGGAUUGCACAAAAGUUGAAGGAAAAGUAUCCUGAUUUCAUUGCUGGUUUUGAUCUGGUCGGUCAAGAAGAUCUAGGACAACCUUUGCAAAAAUUUACACAAGGACUUUUGGAUUUAAAAAAAGCAAAUUUAGACUUGUUCUUCCAUGCUGGUGAAACCAAAUGGAGUGGUUCGUCUACUGAUAAAAAUUUAGUAGAUGCUGUACUUUUGGGUACGAAACGUAUCGGACAUGGAUAUGCCAUCACAAAACACCCGAAGGUUUUGCAAAUGGUGAAAAACCAAAACAUAGGCAUAGAAAUCUGUCCAAUUUCGAACCAAGUUUUGGGUUUGGUUGGAGAUUUGAGAAACCAUCCUUUGGCAUCUUUAAUUAUGAAUGAAUAUCCUGUUGUUAUAAGUUCUGAUGAUCCUGGACUUUGGGGAGCAACUGGUGUCACUUAUGAUUGGUAUGAGACUUUUGUGGGAAUUGCGUCAAGAGAUCAGGAUUUGCGUUUGUUGAAAAAGUUGGCAUUGAAUUCUAUAGAACAAACUUCUUUGGAUAAAACUAGGAAAAAAGAGUUAUUUGAAGACUGCUACCAUCCUGCAGCCCGACGCAGUAUACAGAAGUGUGCAGAUGCGUCACUUUUGUCAGGCCAUAUAAAAUUGUACUGUCAUAAAAUUUUGGUUUACGUUAUUAUUGUCGACUAA